GGCACGGAGCAGCGGAGCCGCAGCACCUGUGGCGCUCACGGACUAUUUCUUUUAAAAACCUUUUAAAACUUUUGAAACCCGUCUUUUAGUUCACAGCCUCAGAUCAGGUGGAGAUGUUCAACAGUAACUUCCGGGACUUUGACGAUGACCCGUUCUUCUCGGAUCCGUUCCGGGCUCACCGGGAACACAUGAGGCACAUGAUGCGGAGCUUCUCUGAGCCGUUCGGCGGGUCCUUAAUGCCCAGCCUGACUGAUGGGAGGAGUCGGGGUCACGACAUGGCGGAGCAUGCUGGCUCGUCCCUGGCACUGAGGGAUGAUCACAGGGACAUGAUGAGGAACCCUUUUAGCGUGUUCGACAACGUGAGGACCAACAUGAGGAACAGGAUGCAGGACACUCAGCUAAACUCUGAGAACAUGUCCAAAGGUUCAAACACUCACUCGUUCAGCUCCUCGUCAGUCAUGACAUACUCCAAGGUUGGAAAUGAGCCGCCCAAAGUCUUUCAGGCAACCUCGUCGACACGCCGUGCCCCUGGAGGGAUCAAGGAGACCCGGCAAGCGGUUAAAGACUCUGAGAGCGGUCUGGAGAAGAUGUCCAUCGGCCACCACAUCCAAGACAGGGGCCAUGUUGUUGAAAAGAAAUACAACAAGAAAACAGGAGAGAAGGAACUCAACCAGGACUUUCAGAACUUGGAUGAAUCUGAAGCACAGUCUUUUGACGAUGAGUGGCAGGAGGAGUUGACCAAGUUCAAGCCGUCUGUCCCCGUGUCUCGUCUGGAAGAAGCUCGGCCCCGUGUGGUUCACCCGGCCGCCCUCACAGGUCCCGAGGACGCCCACAGAGACCAGUCAAAGGGCAAAGCUGAGGGUAGACGCAACAUGAAAGGCUCGGGCUCGACAAAGCAGUGAAACCAUCUGUUUCUGUGCUCAUUAAAGUCUUUCAGGCAUCAUGCAGUACACACUGGUGCUCUGUGUACACACACACACACACACACACACACUCAGACACACACACACACACACACAGGUUCAUCAACAAGGUAAACAGGAUCAGAAGGCACUGACCUAGAAUCUGAAAUAUUUAACUGACUGUACAUUGUGUAUUGCUGCUGCUCAUUUUUCCGAAUCCUCAUGCACAAUAUGAAAAUCCUCCUGCUGCUGAUUAAGACCUGCUGUAGAUGGCUGCCCCCUUACACUGGACAUUAAUUCAGAUCUUUCAGGGAUCACAUUUCUCCUCUCUCACUGUUAAAGGAGACAUAUGAUGCUUUGUCCGUUUUGCCCUACCAAUACCUUCCUGACAUAAUGCAUGGCUAGCGGCUUGUGUAGCACGCCCCCCCUAACAAAGCCAGGUAGAGCGAGAGUAGGGGCCGACUUUUCCUGCAUGUGCUGGAAGCAGUUGACUUAUCACAAUAGAGUGACCGAGCUGGCCAAUCAGAGCAAACUGGGCUUUACCAGGCGUUUGCUGAAAAGAGAAGCUGCCGCAAUGGAAAGUACGAGGAAGGUGAUGUGGGAGCUGAACAUUCUAAACAGCCUGUAAACUUUCUAUAAGUAAUAAUCCAGAGAAAAAAGAUGAACCUGAAUAUGUCUCCUUUAAUAUUUCGAGCCUUAGCACCUUUCACACUUAAAAUUUCUUUAAUUCAUAGAAAUAGCUUAAGGAGUUUGGUAAGGUACUAAAAUUAUCUAAAGUCCUAUGAAAGGCUUUGGACAAUACUAACUUGAAAUAUAUGUGACAUAGUAUGUUGGCAACAAGUUAAAGGCUCAUUAGUAUUUCUGAGGUUCUAGUGAUUUUGAAACACAUUUUAAUAGACUCAUAAGAUCAUAAAUGUGAGGCCAUGGGCCCUGUGUAUACCAUUAGACAUAAACAGUCAAACAGCAAUGUAUAAUUAUCAUUGUGGAUCAGAUGAAUAUAACUUGCUGUAGGUGAGAUAAUCGUAUGAGGUCAUCUGUUUCUCACAUUGUCAUUUUCAUACUGAAACAAGACAUAAAUUAAGUAAUAUCAAGUUUUUGAAAUUCACUAAAGCACUUAGACAAUAUCUCAAUUGUCUUUUUGUAAUUAUAUUGUCUAGUACCUGAUGUUCUCGAUAGAUGUAUUUUAUCUGCUGUAAUCUUUGUAAAAAGAAAAAUAAUAAUCGUCCCUUUUUAUAUAUUGUUACUUUGGUUUCUCUACUUUUUCAUCUGAUGAACUGUGCAGCGUAGCAACAUCUGGAUUAUUUUCAAUAAUUCAAGCUUUGUUCUUGUAUAUUUGUUUUCAAGGUUUUCAAACCAAAGUCCUGUGUCAACACAGACUAUCGUCUGAUAUUAAAACAUGUGAAAACACUGAGA